AUGACGAAGCAGCGAAAGGCAUGGACGUCGCACACCUGCAUCUCCCUGUACCCUUACCCAAAAGAGGAGGUGCUUGUGUCGCUGUCCAGGGGUGUGCAGAAAGAGUCAGAGUUGAUGCGACGUGCCAACGAUCCACACGGAUCAUCAUAUGUCCUCGGAGUGACCCUGGAUAGCACCCUGUACGACUCCAUGUUGCUCCAGGCCACCAAGUCGUACUCAUUGGUGCAGUGCUUCCCCCUCGUCUCCUACCUCCUGGCCCUCAAUGUCUCCACAGUGGACCUGCUCUCCCUUGACGUCCAGGGCGCGGAGAAGGGCAUACUGGAGAACGUUCCCUGGUCUCGCUUGGUCGUACGCGUCGUAGUGGUUGAAGUUGUGCAUCACUCGGCCUUCGAUGAGGUCUUCGUCGAGUACAUGGGGAGCCAGAACUUCACCCUGGUGUACUUCAGGGGCGAGGACUACGUGUUUGUGAGGAACGGCGACCCCCUCAUGAGCAAGAUCCAAGGGGUGACCAUAGUUGAGUGA